UGUUAGCAGCUCCUGUAGCCAGCCACUAGAAAGCUUGCAAAGUUUCUCUCUCCCUCUCUUUCUCUUUGAGGGUUUGUAAUAAGACACACACUUCUUUCCAAGGGUUCACACUAGAGCACAGACAAGAGCUGUUUAACUUGGAAGGACAAUACACUAGGCUUUUUGGUUCUGAAAAGAGAUCUUCUGCUUACCGUUGUGAGUUAAAGUAAAUCUUUGCUCCCCACCCCACCACCAGGGGCCCAAAAUGACAGUAAUUUCUGUCAUCAGUGCUACCCUCUUGAUUUCCAUUCUCUGUGAAACAAGUGCAAUAGAGUCACACAACUCCACAGAGCUGGUCUUGUCAGCCAAUAAUUACACGGACACUGGAGCGGCCUUGAACAUUCCUCCAGAUUCUGCAAGCCCUCCCAAAACCAGGAGGAAACGAUAUAUUUCACAGAAUGACAUGAUUGCCAUUCUGGAUUAUCACAACCAAGUCAGAGGCAAAGUAUUCCCACCAGCAUCUAACAUGGAAUAUAUGGUGUGGGAUGAAAAUCUAGCCAAGUCUGCGGAAGCAUGGGCUGCCACCUGCAUUUGGGACCAUGGCCCUUCUUACUUAUUGAGAUUCUUGGGACAAAAUCUGUCGGUACGGACUGGAAGGUAUCGAUCUAUUCUCCAGCUGGUGAAGCCAUGGUACGAUGAAGUGAAAGACUACGCCUUUCCGUAUCCUCAAGACUGCAAUCCAAGGUGUCCGCUGAGAUGCUAUGGGCCCAUGUGCACACAUUACACCCAGAUGGUUUGGGCCACUUCCAAUCGAAUAGGCUGUGCAAUCCACACAUGCCACAACAUGAAUGUCUGGGGGUCAGUCUGGCGGCGAGCUGUUUAUUUGGUAUGCAACUAUGCCCCAAAGGGGAACUGGAUUGGAGAAGCGCCAUAUAAAGUAGGGGUGCCGUGUUCUGCUUGCCCUCCCAGUUACGGAGGAUCUUGCACUGACAAUCUUUGCUUUCCAGGAGUAACAUCAAACUACUUAUAUUGGUUUAAGUAAAAUAUUGCAGCAUCCCAAUAACUCCUCUGGUCAAAUGAGACUGUAACAAAAUAUUGUAUAUUGAACUUUGCACAUAUUGUAUGUAAAUAAUUUUAAUAAUAUUAUUAAUAAUAAAUGUACUUUGUGAAGUAGUUUGAGCAAUUAGAUUUCUGGGUGUGGCAAAAAUCCUCUUCAGCCCUGCUUAAUUGACAGAGCCACCCUUCAAGAUCACUGAUAGGCAGAGAGGGAUAUCAUAUAUUUACAAAGAGAAAUAAAAGGAAGCUAUAGAAAUGGCAAGUAAUUGACUGAUUCACAAACAGUCUCAAGUGGGGUACUUGGAUUUAAGGUAAUUAAAUUCUGCUUCCUUAAAAGUCAUUGGGAAUAUAUUUUCUUAUCUGCAAAAACUCCACCAUUACAGGGUUGUAGUGGUAUGCAAUGUUCUGAGUGUUACAAAUGUCUUCUAGCCAAACUGGCAAAACAGAAGAUAUGUACAAAUCAAGCAAUUUGAGGAAUGCAAAUUAGCUCUGUAAUAGAACAAAAUCACCUAUGAAUUAUUCUUUUGUGUGUCUGUUAUUCUUUAGAAUGAGAAAAGCAAGUGCAUUCUAGUAAAAUAAUAAUAAUAAUGCAGAACCCCAUAUGUUUGUAAAAAAAGGGGGGGAGGUCUUCAGACAAUUUUGGGAGGAAAAAUUUGCUUAAAUCUUAACAGUGUAUAUUUUGUACAUGGUUCUUGUUCUAGAAUAUAAGCAGUAUUGAGCAAUUAUUCUAGUUUAUUUCUUUUCUUAAAAGCAUGCGCGUUACAAUUGUGGCCCAGUGCUAUGGACUGAUUUCAUCUGUGAGAGCACAAAUAAUGGAAAAUGUUGCUGCAGCAAGUAACAUCCUAGCCAUGUCAAAAGAGGCAGAACUUUCUGGCUAGGCCUUUCUUGACAUACCUUUUCUGACCAGAUGCUCAUAAAGAAGGCAUAAAAGUUUCUUAGGGCACUGCAGAGUGGUCUAUUUACCCCCUUGCAUUGGUACUCCCUAUUGGCAAAGCAGACCUGAUAGCUGAUGUCAUGCUAAUGCAGGUCCCAGGGCCACAUCAAUAUGUCUUUCAGUGACAUUAGAUGGAGCUGUUAGGUUCCUUCAUUCAUGAUAGAAAAUUUGCUGCAUUUGCCUUGUUCAGAUUUGCUGUUCCCUAUGACCAAAUCUGACUCAAUUCAGUACCUUUAUCAUUUUAACUGGCUCUGUUCUGUUAAACUAGGUAACAGAGUUGUGAGUGGUAGUUGUGAUUGAACCUUUGCAGUCAUAUAUCUGAAUGAAAUGCCAGGCAGAGUAAGCAUAGAGGUAUUUGCUGCAGAUGACCACGGUAACAUGUAUCCGUCUGGAGAUGAGACCAGCAGCAUGCAGAUGCUAAAGGUAGGGCCAGGAGCACAAUACUGCCCCCCCCCCCGCCAUAAUUAUGUAAUACCCCCUUCACGUGUUACUAAAGAAGUAAAAAGUAGCUGAUAUUCAUGGGUGCAACAUCAAACUGACUUUACUCUUGUGAAAUAAGCUGUUGUUCUUUUUGUAUGAUUGAUCUCCUCUAGGGAGAGGAUGAGUGUUGAGAAAAAUGCAAAUCCUAUAUAUUUUUAAUAUUUUUUUUGGGGGGGGGAAUAAGUAUGACAUUAAAAAUGCAAACCUUUUUUUAUAAAAAAGCCCCCAGCAACAACAGUGUAUUAUGCUUUCUAAACAGAACUAGUAACUGUAAAUAUAUGAUUCUGUAAUGUAGCAGAAACUAUUACAACAUAUUGUACUGUUAACUGUUAUUCUUCUACAUUGUAUGAAUAAGCUGAAUCUGUGGAAUAGCUGUCUUUCAACAAUUCAAGUAACAAAAGUUUUCUAUUAUCAGAGGUGCAUAAGCUUUUUCACAGUCUACAACAAUGGUGCUAAGAAUGGGUGAAAGUCUUGGCUGCAUUGAAAGCAAUGACUUAUUUUUUUAAAAAAACAACAACAUUCCUUUCAGUGAAGCCAGGAUUAACCCACCUGUCCAUUAUAAACACACUGUUAAGUACAACAGGAAACAAAAAUGAGAUAAGCUAUUUCAUAAGAGCAGCUUCUUUUUAAAAAGGUAGUAGGUUUUGGAGGGUUCAAAAGAGGUUUUCCCUCCAUACAGCUAGGAGACAUUUCAACAUGGGCCCCUUGGCAAACAAACUUAUGUAGAAAACAUUCCUUGACUAUAUGAGGUUUGAAAGCCACCGGUUAUAUAAUAGCAAAGUUGAGAAAUGUACAUUUACCUCCAUGGCCAGUAUCAAAUGGUGUUUGAGAGAACAGGUCCAUGUGAGGCUAUGUCUUUUUGCUAACAACAAGGGAACCAUUCUAGAGAGAGAUUAGACAAGAACCCAUCAAAUAUUUGGAGCAUCCGCUACACAACUGCUGUCUUGCUUCAUUGCUGGCAAAUACACAGUGUACAAAACUGGAGCAGCACAAAUGUGGCCAUAGGAAUGUGCUGCACUUUCUUUUUUAACAGAGGAGAAAUUCUGGUGUCUAGUCCCUGCAGCCUAUCACUGAAAUUGCUAUUUCUCUCAAGGUCUUCAUUAUUACAGGGCUGUAUGUUGAUUAAGUUUAGGGUGAAAACUGAUCAGUGACUUCCUGACUGGUAUAGGCACGCCAUUGUAAAAAUACAUUUUUGGAACAUUGCAAUCUUCUUCUCUUUCAAAUAUGAAACAAAUAUUCCCCCCCCCCCCCAAAAGGGGGAGAGGACUAUAACAGAGUAAACUGAAUUGGUCUUCCAGAUGUAUGGUGAAUCUGUGGGGACCCAGGAAUAGGAAAUGGCUAGCUUAUCCAAAAUGAUGUUAGCAGUCUAACACAGCUUUCACAUGUUUUAAUAAUUACUUGAGUAUUUUGGCUGAUUUCCUCACCAAACCACCAUUUUUGGUGCUAAUGUUUCAUGCUUAUUGUGUUAACUACACAUGAUGGUGCUAGAAAUGUUUUCUUUGAGUGGUAGCUUUACUUUUGAUAUUACCAAAUGUGCCCUGAUAUUUGUCACCUUCAUGACAAGAAGAAGCAGAUUGUCCUAUAGGAUACACAAAAUCUCUUUGCCAAAGCACUCCACAUCCUAUGACAUCAACAAUCAGGCUAUCAAACAAUGGCUAUCAAAUGAAUCUUUAGUAAAACAAAUGAGAUGAGAAAAGAAUAUAGGCCAUGCAAACUAGUGGCUUAAGUUUAAAAGGGAACCAAAUUGCUUUGGUAGAGUGCGGUACCAAAAAAUAGAGUGGAAUCUGUGGGGACUUAAAAAAACCAAAACCCUCACUUUUUUGUAGGCUUGGAAUUUAUAACUUAUUGAUAGAAGCCUUUUGAUUGAUUUAAUGCCCUAAAAUUAAUCAGAAAGUGGUUUUUUUUAAAAAAAGAAACCUUACUAUUUUAAAAACAAUUAAGUAGUUAUAAAAAC